UAUAAUUUGUUUGCUGCUGAACCAUCUCGGAAAGUGUAGAAAUGCGGUGUGGCACUCUGUUGGAGCUGGAUUAGGAGCAGAUCCGACCUUCAGUCCAGGUUUGGGCACAAACCCUGCAUGGCAUUGAGGGCUGGUCGGGAAGGGUUGGUGGGUCUGUUAGCCGGGGUGUGGCUUGGGAAAGCAGGGACGGGGUCGCGCGUCUGUCCCUUUCCCUUUCGAAGGGGAGUGCUGGAGUGGGUCGGGCGAAAUGGCCAUCAGCAGUUGCCCAGAUGGCCUGUCCUUGGCCACGGAAUCCCCCGGGGAAGGGUCAGGGAGUGGCUGUGGGUCUGCUUAUCGGCUCCCAGCUUUAGCCCGGGAUCAAUACCCAAAGGUGAUGCCUCCAAGGCGUUCCAAUCUCAGGGGCUGUGGGUGAGCCCUGGGGAUCGUGGUCUGUGCCAGUCAAGAUAUUAAUUAGGAACAUAAUUUUAUUAGUAAAUAAAAACCAGUAUGGCCUAAUAGGGGCCUCCUGACUGGAAUAACAGAAUUGAUUAAUGGAAUAAGGGUAAUUGCCUUGAAUGAAAGGGAAACAGGUUUGCUGUCCUCCCACUAACUGGAGCAGUUUGGUCUAGUUCCUAUUUCAAGAGUAAAAGUAUUUUCCACUUUGGGCAGCAGUAAGUUGCGGGGAAAGAUGGUAUAUCGGACUGCUGGGUUUUCGUACGCUGUUAUCAUUAUUCAGCGCGUUUAAUUACCAUGUUUUUGCAGCAGCUCUGUUCCAGCACGGCUGGCUGCGGCAUUGGAGGCUGCAGGCAUCUCUGCAGCUUAGAAGCGGGAUGAGUUGGUGACACGGAUUUAUUGUCCAGGCGCCAACAGCUGCCAGCCGCGAGCCCUGCCUUGUGCUGCCUGUCCUUCUGUGUCCUUCUGUCCCCUCGUCCUGCACCACCUGUCCUCCUUGCCUCCCUCUGUCGCUCUGUCCGUCUGUCCCCCCGUGUCCGCCCGUUCCUCUGUCCGUCUGUCUCCGUGUCCGCCCGUUCCUCUGUCUCCGUGUCCGCCCGUCCCUCUGUCCGUCUGUCCCCGUGUCCGUCGGUCCCGCGGGGCAGUGCGUGGCCUGGCCGCCGGCCGGCAGGGGGCGCGGCGCGGCCGGGAGGCGGCUGGCGCAUGCGCGGAGCGGAGCGCGGCGGAGCCGGCGGGCGAUUCCAUGAUGCCAGGAAAACGCAGAGUGCAGAUCUUAGUGCCAGAACAAGAGUCCACUGAGACGAAAAAGGUUAAAGAUUCUAAGAUGGCAGGAAAACGCAGAAUGAAGAUCCUGGUGCCAGAAGAAGACUCUACUGAGACGAAAAAGGUUAAAGUCAGCCACCCAUCACAUCGCUCACAGCCGGGGCUGGUGCUGACACUGGGCCAGGGCAACGUCGGCCAGCUGGGUCUGGGUGAGGACAUCAUGGAGAGGAAGAAGCCAGCUCUGGUCACGCUGCCGGAGAUGGUGGUGCAGGUGGAAGCUGGAGGGAUGCACACGGUGUGCCUCAGCCAGACUGGAAAGAUCUACACCUUUGGCUGCAACGAUGAAGGUGCCCUGGGACGCGACACCUCAGCUGAAGGGUCUGAGAGCUCUCCAGGGCUGGUGGAGCUGCAGGAGAAGGUGGUGCAGGUGUCGGCGGGGGACAGCCACACGGCCGCGCUGACCGAGGACGGCAGGGUCUUUGUCUGGGGCUCCUUCCGGGAUAACAAUGGAGUGAUUGGCUUGCUGGAGCCCAUGAAGACGAGCUCCAUUCCUGUGCUGCUCCAGCUCGAUGCGCCCGUCGUUAAAAUAGUUUCAGGAAAUGACCACUUGGUGAUGCUGACAGUGGAUGGCGACCUGUUCACGUGUGGCUGUGGUGAGCAGGGCCAGCUGGGCAGAGUGCCAGCACUCUUUGCCAGUCGAGGAGGACGGAGAGGACUGCAGCGGAUGCUGGUCCCCCAGCUUGUCCCUGUCAGAGGCAAAGGGAGAAGAACCAAAAUGCGCUUCCAGGACGCUUUCUGCGGGGCGUAUUUCACCUUCGCUGUCACGCGUGAGGGACACAUCUAUGGAUUUGGCCUCUCCAACUACCACCAGCUGGGGACCCAGGACACCGAGCCCUGCUUCUCCCCGCAGAACCUCACGUGCUUCAAGAACUCCACCAAGUCCUGGGUUGGGUUCUCUGGCGGGCAGCACCACACGGUCUGCGUCGACUCUGAGGGUAAAGCCUACAGCCUGGGCAGGGCAGAGUAUGGCCGACUGGGCCUCGGGACAGGGGCAGAGGAGAAGAGUACACCCACAGUUAUCCCGGAGCUCCCCAGUAUCGUCUCGGUGGCCUGCGGAGCGUCAGUUGGUUAUGCUGUCAGCAGUGACGGACGAGCGUUUGCGUGGGGAAUGGGCACUAACUACCAGCUGGGCACUGGAGAGGAGGAUGAUGUCUGGAGCCCCGUGGAGAUGACGGGGAAGCAGCUGGAGAACCGGCGGGUGCUGGCCGUGUCCAGUGGCGGGCAGCACACUGUGCUGCUGGUCAGUGACAAGGAGCAGAGCUGAUGAAGUGACACUGCAGCCGGGCCCAGCGGAAUCACAGCACCCCCAGACCCCCCACAACUUCUGCCUGGGUUGGGGAGCCGAUUACCUGGGGAGGGCAGGAGGCUCAUGGAGCUCGGCCCAGCAGCGCCUGCGUGGCUGGAACAGGGUGCCUGUGGGUUCUCCUUGCAAGCGUUUGUCUGUUUCCUGUGGUGCCCAGUGCUCUGUCAGCUCCCCGGGUCAGCUUGGUCCUAAACUGAUCCCAGUUCUGUGCCUGGAUGGAUUUCCACUUCUUCUCAUUUGUUUUUUUAACAUUUCCUGGCCCAGCAAAGCCAGGGGUUUUGUUCUUCGCUCUGCAAUCAGGUUUGGGUAAUAGUCUCCCCGAGUCCCCAUGUUCUCCACAUCUGGAUGCUCCUCCACCCCCUUCACCUAAAUAUACCUCUCUGGCCUGGAUUUGCCUGCUGCCACCCCCCAAACCCCUCUGAGCCUGUUCCAGGUGGAUCUGAGUCCAGCAGGAAUGUGCCCAGGAAUCUCUGUCCUCUAAUCCAGAGCUCGAGGCUGCUGUGUGGGUAUUCUGCUGGUGAGGCAGAAUGCUGCCUCGCGCUGUGUGACCGCUGGAGGCUCCCAUCCCCUCAAGCUGAGCUUCCCCAGGCAGUGAGGCCAGGAGCAGGUUCUCCAUUCCCCAUGGCCUGGAGCAGCCACCUCACCACUGCUUUUUGCAGUCCUGGCCGCUCCCUCUUUGCCGUUGCCUUUGGAAACCCAACCAAAUCCAUCCCACGGGUGGGAGCACUGUUACUUUCAUUUUUUCCCUUUCACUUGCUGAGGGAGGAGGUUCAUUUGCUGUUAGGGCCUUGCUGAGCAGACACCCAGACCCCAGCUGUGCACGGAGUUGCUGGAAACAGCAGGACUCCUCCUCCCUGUUGCCUCCCCGAUCCAACUGCUCUUGCUUCCUGUGCCCAGCCUACUCCACACUCUCUUUAUAGGAGGAGCCUUCCAGGUACCUGGAGUGAGGAGGGGUCUGCAAAGAGCUAAAUUAUAGCAAUAGGAGGGGCGGUUGUGGCUGGGGAGGGGAGGUCUGGGGUUAUACAAUGGUUCCAAAGGGGUUGGAUUUUUUAAAAAAGAAAAUGUAUUUUGGUUGAUUAAUCAAGGCAGAAAGGACAAAAAAAAAUCUUUUAACAUUUGGAAUAAACUGAGUUUUGAUAAA